AGUGCGAUCCCGAGGGCGCAGUGGAACCCGGGGCCUGGGGCCCACGCUGAGCAGCUAUGGCUGCGGCGAUAGCCAGCUCCUUGAUCCGGCAGAAGCGACAGGCGAGGGAGUCCAACAGCGACCGGGUGUCGGCCUCCAAGCGCCGCUCCAGCCCCAGCAAAGACGGGCGCUCCCUGUGCGAGAGGCACGUCCUCGGGGUAUUCAGCAAAGUGCGCUUCUGCAGCGGCCGCAAGAGGCCAGUGAGGCGGAGACCAGAACCCCAGCUGAAGGGAAUCGUGACAAGGUUAUUCAGCCAGCAGGGAUAUUUCCUGCAGAUGCACCCAGAUGGUACCAUUGACGGGACCAAGGACGAAAACAGUGACUACACCCUGUUCAAUCUAAUUCCCGUGGGCCUGCGUGUGGUGGCCAUCCAAGGGGUGAAGGCCAGCCUCUAUGUGGCCAUGAAUGGUGAAGGCUAUCUCUACAGCUCAGAUGUUUUCACUCCAGAAUGCAAAUUUAAGGAAUCUGUGUUUGAAAACUACUACGUGAUCUAUUCUUCCACACUGUACCGUCAGCAAGAAUCAGGCAGAGCGUGGUUUCUGGGACUCAAUAAGGAAGGGCAAAUUAUGAAAGGGAACAGAGUGAAGAAAACCAAGCCCUCAUCACAUUUUGUACCAAAACCUAUUGAAGUGUGUAUGUACAGAGAGCCAUCACUACAUGAAAUUGGAGAGAAACAAGGACGUUCGAGGAAAAGUUCUGGAACACCCACCAUGAACGGAGGCAAAGUCGUGAAUCAAGAUUCAACAUAGCUGAGAACUCUUCCCUUCGUCCCUCUCAUCCCUUCCCUUUCUCCCCCUCCCCUUUACCCAUUUCCUUCCAAUAAAUCCACCCCAGGAGAGGAAAAUAAAAUGGCAACCCAGGACCUAGUGGCUAAGAUUCUGCACUCAAAAUCUUCCUUUGUGUAGGACAAGAAAAUUGACCCAAAGCUUGCCUGUUACAAUGUGGUAGAAAAUGCACAUGCACCAAGAUUAGCACACAUAAAAGCAAGGGAAAAAAUAAAUCAAGACUCCACAAACAUUAAAAUAACUGUGUUGUUAUUAAUAGAGGGCUAAUUGUAAUGAAGAUAUGACUACAAUAAAGAUGAA